AUGUGUUUGUCUGUGCUUUGUCCCAAUUGUGUUCCGUGCUGUUCCAGUCUGUCCGAAGUGCUUGAAGAGCUUGAAGCAAUCCCUAUACGCUAUCGGGGUCCUGGUGAUUUCAUUGCCGAUCAACUCAGUCAUAUCGAACGAGAAGGUCAAUCCUUCAAUCGUUCAACUUUCGAACAGCAUCGUACUGUUACCAGCGGAGGCACCCUUGUCGGAGGACACCAACCAGUAAUUAAACAGGUAAUGUCGAGCCAACCCGGAAGCCGUAUUCCUGUCUGCGAAGCUUGCAAGCAGCAAAUCAAGUAAGU